AUGAUGGAGCAGACUCUAGAUUCCUUAAUUCAGAUGUUCGAGUGGUUCAGUUUGCCCUCCAGCAACAUAUGUAGUAUGUACCUCCCAACAUUAACCCAUACACAAAUAUAUACACAUGUAUUUGUACGUGUCACUAAACCUCUUGCGUUUAUGGGAAUUCAUUUGGAGGACGUAGGAAAGGGGCAAAGGGGUUCCAACGAGAUCGCUUCCGGUCUUUACAAGUUUUUCACUUUUAGUGAAAUAGGAUACACUACAGAUAAAAAGCAAUUAAUUUUUUGGUCAGAUAACUGUGGUGGACAAAACAAGAACCAAGCUGUAGUGCUUAGUACUGGAAUUACUAAGACGAAUUCUGAGAAACUACAAGACAUGAUGGAGACACCUGUACCUUUAUCUGCCGAGAAAAAGAAAGACAUUGGUGCUAUGCCGCCGUAUUUAGCCGGAGAUAGCAAACCUAGAUGA